AUGUCUCCGGAUAUCCUUUCUAUUCCAUUCCAAGUUUUCUAUAUCGUUAUACCUACUAUAAGUCUGAUUGGUAACUCAGCCAUUGUGUACGUAAGCGUACGUUCCAGCUCAUUGCGAAGCCCAUGCAACAUACUCAUCGGAUUGAUAUCAUUGGGUGAAGCUUGGCAUAUGCUCGGACACUAUGUGAUGGUUGCAUCCCAUAAUAUCAACUCAUUCAUCAAAACUCGGCAUACUCUCUAUAUUUCCAUUCAUAUCACCAUUGGACUAAUCUUCGCUCUGUCCACACAGGCAGGAGUAUUUUUUGGAUUGUUCUUGAACUUCACGGAGGACUUAUAUGUUCUAUGUGUCAUAUCAGCACCUAUUUAUUCUACAAUUGGCACGACGUUUGUCGGGAUCAUGUAUUCCAUUAACAUCCUUAUACUUGUGUGCUAUGCAGCGCAAGCGAUUUUGCUGAGAAAAACGCGAUUAGGUCAAGACAAUUCAAAACAAAUCCACAGAUCACUUCUCGUCAUAAGCCUGACAACAGUCUUCGGCUGGUUCAGUGCCACGAUCUAUAAUGCCUUCAACAUUAUUUUAACCUCGAAUGGUAACAAACUGCAUGCCGCCUUGGUCGGAGGGCUGUUUGUGAAUCUCUCAUGUGCCUUAAACUUUUUCGUUUACUAUUUUAUCAGCACCAUCUAUCGACGUGAAUUCGACAAAUAUCUCAUGAUUGGAUCCAUCAAGAAAGCAAUGGGAUUCAAAGUCCGUCCAAGUGCCCAUGAAUGGGCUGCAGCUCGUUUACCAUAGAUGUUCGAAGAUGUUCUACCUGAAUUUUACCAGAUUUUUUACAUAGCAAUACCGACUAUCAGCUUUAUCGGGAACGCAUUCAUCGUGUACGUAACGGUGCGCUCAAGAUCCUUAAGAAGCCCAUGCAACAUACUCAUUGGGACAAUGUCCGUUGGCGAGCUUUUGCACAUGCUCGGCCACUAUGUCAUGGUUGGAUCCCAUAAAAUGAUUGACACCCAUCUGAUGAGACAAGACCUAUGUGUCUAUUGGCAACUGCUUCCAACAGUGGGCAUGUUGUUCUCUUCUAUUUUGCUCGUCAAUGUCGCUAUCGAUCGACUGGCAUCUACGCAGAACUUCUAG